CUCACAUUGUCAUUGCAAAUAGAGACCUAUUAAUGCAUCUCACCUCCCAACUGAUCCCAGUUCUGGUCUGCCUACUAGCAUGUACCAGCAACUUCAUCCAUGGACACAAGCUCAUCUUACAGGAGAUCAUCAAAACGCUGAACUUCCGCACAGUGCCAAAGGACUGGUGCAUGGAGCUGACUGUAGCAGACGUCUUGACUGCCCCAAAGAACACAACUGAGAAUGAAGUCUUCUGCAGGGCCACGAUGGUGCUUCGGCAAAUCUACAAACACCACACGUGCUUGAACAGUAGGUCCCUGAAAAAACUGGACAGGAACCUCAGCAGCAUGGCCAACAUGACCAAUUGCCCUGUGAACAAAGACAAUAUGACCACCUUGAAAAACUUCUUGGAAAGACUAAAGAGCAUCAUGCAAGAGAAAUAUGCAAAGAGUUGA